AUGAGGUCUAUACCAUCAGUAACUGGUAGCAAUAGGAAGCCACUAGGAAGACGAAGACAUCAGGAAGCAAGUCAAGUCCCAUAUCAGGCUUCACAAUAUUCCUUAGAAAUAGAUGAUAAAGCUUCAGAUACUAGACAACAUCAAAGGCAAACAACAAGACGGGAAACAAGAAGCCUAAGAUCAACUGUAAAGCAAGAGUCAGAG